AGUAACGGUUGUUAAUUCUUCCUGAACAAGCUCGUGAAUUGGUUUCCGGUUGCUUUUCAUCUUCAGCUCUCACCGCAAUAUCGGAGGAAAAUUCUAAUAUAACGAAAAAUCCCAAGAAACAAGUAACAAAAAUCAAAUAAAGCAGCUGCCCUCAUCACAACCUCAAGAAUGUCAAUUUGCCUCGGAGAAAGCAACCUCUCAGUAGAUCCGAAGCAGUCUUCCAAAAAAUCAUCUCGAUUGAUUCAUAAUUACUCCGAAGCCCAGAACAUUCCCGAUGCCCUUGCACUAAAGACAAGGGGAUACAUUCUUGGACGCCGUAUAGCCAAGGGAACGUUCGCAACGGUUUGGCGUGCCAAAUAUUACGCACAGGACAAUGGUGGCGUUCGGAAACCUUUGGAAUUGGCCUGCAAAAUUGUGGACGAAAGCAAAGCGAAGGAGAUCGCGGAAAAAUUUCUCCCCCGAGAAUUACACGUUCUUGGACGGAUAAGUCAUUCCAACAUUAUUCAAACGCACCGUAUUAUGAGAAGAGGUCACCGUGUGUUUAUAUUUAUGCGACUGGCCGAAAGGGGUGACUUACUGAGCUACAUUCGCGAGUAUGGAGCGAUUCCGGAGCUGCAGUCUAAGGUAUGGUUCUUCCAAAUGGCGGAUGCCAUUCGGUACUUGCACCACCUGAACAUCGCUCAUCGGGAUAUCAAGUGCGAAAAUGUUCUAAUCACGAGGACUAUGAACGUGAAACUGUCCGACUUUGGAUUCGCGCGAACCUGUAUGGAUGAGAUAGGCCGCGUCGUUAUGUCGGAGACGUUCUGUGGUUCUACUGCUUACGCAUCGCCUGAAGUUGUCGGUGGGAAGGCGUACGAUCCGAAAGCUGCCGACAUGUGGUCCCUCGGGGUGGUACUGUUCAUCAUGCUGAAUGGGACGAUGCCGUUCGAUGAGAGUAAUCUCAAGAAGAUGACGAAGAAGCAGCUUAAUCGGCAGAUUAGCUUCGAGCCGCUGGUGGAGCAGGUCAUUUCGCUGGAGGCGAUUCGAUUGGUACGCAAUCUACUAGACCCGAAUCCGGACGAUCGGAUCAAUAUAGACGAGGUAAUGAAAACGCAGUGGGAGGUGAAUGCAGUUGCGAAUAAAAAUCUCUAAU